ACAAAGUAUGUCAAGUGUUAGGAGCAUUUUGUAAGUUACCCUUUUGAAACUACCUUUCCACUUCUGCUUGUCUGGCUUCACCAAACUGGAGAAGGUGCAAGAGUUCUCGUGGAUUUCGUGGAUUUUCUGUGCGCAAAAAAUUUAAGACCGCAACCGAAAUUUCUGUUCUCUUGGUUCUGGGCUAAUUUGUUGCUCGUAAACCUUCCAGUUUCUGAAACAUUGUCAAAGCAGUGAAGUUGAAUGAGUUUUAUUGUCUAAUAGUUGUUUCCAUACAUGAGGUGAAGCGAAUUGGGUGAUGGCAGAUUUACCAGGUUAUGUUCGUUCCUGUUUGCAUACUGGGAAGCUUGCUUUCUUGGCUAUCUUGGUAUCUGGUGGAAUUGUAUUACAAAUUUUGGCAUGUGCACUGUACAACAAUUGGUGGCCUAUGCUAAGUGUGAUAAUGUAUGUGCUUCUUCCUAUGCCUUUGCUGUUCUUUGCUGGCUCUGAUAGUUCUUCCCUUUUUUCAGAAUCUGAUAACAGCUGGGUCAAUGCGACUAAGUUCUUGACUGGUGCCUCAGUAGUUGGAAGCAUUGCAAUACCAGCGAUUUUAAAGCAUGCUGGUGUCAUUGGCUGGGGAGCACUAGCAAUGGAGCUUUCUUCGUUUUUUGUCUUUGUGAUAGCCAUAAUGUGCUACAUAGGCAUGAAUGAUGAUGGUUACAGCAUGCUCUAAAAAUGUCUCUUUGUUUGUAAACAGGUGCUACUUUUUUAGUGCCAUUUCAUGAUUUCAUAUGUUGUUUUUACAUGGUAAGCAAAUUCGAUGCUCUUAUUCUAGUUGGAUGACAUUCUUUGUGCAUAAUUGUUGCCUUUGAGUUAAAGGUUUUCAAAAUUGUUUGUCUUGUAGAAAAACUUGUCAGAAAUGAACAGGCAAACCAUAUUCUGUGAUCUCUGUAAGAAAUGAUACUGCUCGAGAUUGAAUGAGUGAAUCUAAAUUGAUAAAAGCUUACUGUUACGCUGAA